GUUCUUCUUCCUCUCGUAAGCCCCGCCUCCACGUUUCCAUGCAUUGGCGCGCUUCGCUCCUGUGCUCGCUGUGGCUCCCUGCUCCUCCCCAGUUGGUGGCUGCCGGUGGUGGUCUGACUCUCUAGCGGGCUGCGGGUACGAACACAGUAGGCAUGAGUGCGGCGGGUAGUGCCCGGUCCGGUUCGGCCGCCGGUCCGGUCCAGCAGGGACUGAAAGAGGCUCUAAUCGAGACUCUGACGGCUAUCCUUUCCCCGGUUCAAGAAGUGCGCACCGCCGCGGAGGAGCAGAUCAAAGUGCUGGAAGUGACAGAGGGUGAGUGGGUAACCAGUUUCCUCAUAAACGGCGUGGGCCUCCUCCGCGGGGACGAGCUCCAUGUGGACCCCUGUGUGCUGCUUCUAUCCGGGCCAGAGUUACCUGUGGAGGGAGCUAACUGUGGUACUGUUAGCAAGGGGACUGUUUCGGCUACUUUAAGCUAGCGCAGGGCCGUUUUUACACAAGUUAGAGACGGACAAGUUAGCUUAAAAGUGAACUCCUACAUCUGGACCGCGGUGUUAUCAAUCCUGAGUGAAAAAAACAAACCUGAGUGUGCAGAAAAACACUAACCAGAGCUAACAUUGAGUUUCAUUAAGCACAUGUUAGCACAGCAACAGGGUGGACUCUUAAUAAAAACCUCCAGUUAGCAUCACGAUAUUUGUUAUUGACUCUAAUCGAUGACCGGGUCAUGACAACUGUUACUCACCCGGACCGACUUCUGCUAGAACCCGAUAAGCACCAGAACCGAGAGACUUUGUACAAGAUCUCAGGAGACAAGGCUUCUCAUCAACUGACUCAUAUCAUUUAAUUCCGCUGUUGCUGUGGUAACCGUGACAGGCUUUCCCGCGAAGUUGUCUCCAAAGGGAGAGGGCCCCCCCCCCUUAACCCUCCCGGAGAUCCCGCCUAACAUGCUGCUAACUUCUUGCAUCAGAACCAGAACCACGAGGACAGUAUGAGAAGGCUACACAAAAAAGGACUUAAAGGGAUACUCCGGCUCAACACCCCCUCGAGAGAUGAAUAUUGCCGACCGCUUUCCUUCUCUAGUUAUACCAACUUUAGUAACGACCGCACGAUAGCAAUACACAGUGGUCUGAGGAGCCAUAAACAAACCUCAACCAAAACGCCACUCUAUAGCCACAAAUAAUGCUCAGAACAGUACCUAACUUCAUCAACACAUAUAGGGACCCAGCCACCAAACAUCUUUUUAACUAAACACAACUCACCGUCUCUCUUCCAGCAGCCGCUUGUUUGUAGCGAGACCUCAGGCCAGCCCAUUACAGACUGCUGCGAGGUGACGCAGCUCAAGGAAGAACAUUCAUGAUUGUUUCUUUAUCAUUUCCUGGAAGUAAUAAUCAUUAUGGAUGUGUCCCAAAUGAAUCACUCAAUCCCUAACCCCUAAUAUAGCUGACUAUGUAGUGAGCUCAAUCACCUGAGGUUUCGGACACUAUAUAGCGAGACACAAUGCAUGACGGGAUGCCCACCACCGGUGAAUGACCAUCGGAUGGUCACUACAAUUUGCAAUGCUCUAUGGGAAUUUUUGAGUCGCCUUUAUGGGGCAUUUGAAAUGAUUGCUCAGGUUUCGGACAGCCCUCAAAACGGCGCUAACCCCCAUAUAGUCCCUAUAUAGGGGUUCGGGAUCCAUUUCGGACACAGCCCAUAUUAAUCAUUUUGCACUGCAGACGCGGUAGUUCUUCUGCCUUAGCGUCUCAGUCUGAUUGUAUUUCCAUGAAGAAAUGAUCAUAAAUGUUCUUCCUUGAGCUGCGUCACCCCGCAACAGUCUGUAAUGGACUGGCCUGAGUUCUCGCUAAAAACAAGUGGCUGCUGGAAGAGAGUAGGUGAGUUGUGUUUAGUCUCUUUGCUAAAGAAAUUAGGGAAAGUUAAAAAGAUGUUUGGUGUCUAGUACUAUGACUGGGACCCUAUAUGUACUGUUGAUGAAGUCACUAAUUGCAUCCAAUGCAGAUGUCCAAUUAGUCAGUAAUCGUGUUAAAUAUCUUAAUAUGAGUGAAAUGAUUUUCAUUCCAAAUAAUCAAGCGGCCCGGAAGUGUAAUGAUGUCUGCAAAAAACCCAAAUAUCGAGAGCUCAAUUUGACUGUAAAAAAAUAAUCUAAUUAAAAAUGUAAUAGAAACUGUAGCAUCUGUAAAUAAUAUAGCGUUAUUGGGACUUAAAGUAUUAUUCUGCUGUCAGUGAUUAAAAUACCUUUGAUUAAUGUCAUGUCAUUAACAUAACAGCAGGCAGACGUCCACAUUUUAGAAAACUGUCCCCUUAAGUCGAGUAUAUGUCUGUCAGUGAUUGAUUCUUAACGUUUAGAGUAGAGUGGAGCAAGAAUGAAGUAAACAAGCUGAUGUUCAGAAGGAUACAGUUCCAGUGGAUUAGCUGACCAUCCAUCAGUCUUUCCAUUGUCUGUCAAACUGUCGUUUCACCGCCGGUGAAAGGUUUAUUUGUGCAGGCAGGCGGGCUGUCGAAGCGAGCGCAGCGAAGCAGAGAGGCCGACCCUUUCCGCCGGCCCCCCUUUCUCUAUAAGGCAACCACUUUGUAGGAUUGUCAGCACUAACAUUGUCUUCUGGCGCCUGAUGUCACUCUUACUAAAACCCAGUGUGAGGGAGCCGGUUCAGAGCUGAGGCUGAUCCUGAACUGUAUGUUAAUCUCUGCAUGCCUGUUGGGCCGGGUUCGAACCACGCUGCUUUGUGGCCUUGUUGUGAUGUCGCAGCUGUGGCGAAAAUGAUCCCGGGAAAUUAAACCUAAACUUUGUAUAUCAGCGUUUGAAAAUACCCACAGAUGUUCUGUUUAGAAACAAAUACCAUGGCUCAUUUUUUAAUGUGAGUCCUAGCUGCAACAUACUGAUCUAUUUAUUAUUGAUUGUUUUUGAGCUCUGAUCGGUUUCUUUGUCGCUCAGAGUUUGGCGUCCACCUGGCUGAACUCACAGUCGAUCCUCAGGGAGCUCUCGCGAUCCGUCAGGUGAGGAAAAAAAGAGUUUUAAUUUGCUUUUAUGUCGUCAUAAUUGUUGCUACUUUUUUCCUUACUCAGGUGCAACUCAAAGAAAAUCAAAGUUCUUACCGGUGUCUGUCUUCUUGUAUGUUUACAGUUGGCGUCCGUCAUCCUGAAGCAGUAUGUGGAGACUCACUGGUGUUCCCAGUCGGAGAAGUUCAGACCUCCUGAAACUACGGACCAGGUAAACCCUUUUUCACUUUAAACUAACUUCUUUUAAUCCGCUUCAUUUGUGACUGAACUCCCGUCAUUCUCCUCCAGGCUAAAGCAGCCAUCAGGGAACUGCUGCCCAACGGUCUCCGGGAAGCGAUCAGCAAAGUCCGCUCCAGCGUUGCCUACGCCGUCUCGGCUAUCGCUCACUGGGACUGGCCCGAGGCUUGGCCGCAGCUUUUCACGCUCCUGAUGGAAAUGCUGGUUAGCGGGGAUGUAAACGCUGUACACGGGGCCAUGAGGGUCCUCACGGGUAUGUGAAGAAGAACCGGUAUAACAUCUUGAAUACUCGUGACAAACCCCUUAAAAAAAAAGGUUACUUUGAUCAUCAGAAAAAGAUGUUUUUAAUAAAAGUAAAUAAAAGUCUCUUUUUUUCUUGCCAGCUUUAGUAUAUAAUAUUAGUAGGAUUUGUUGAAGCUAAUUAACACACAAGCGGCAUUCACUCUUAGAUCUACAACAAAUAUAAGAACCAGAACUACAAAUCAAGUCAUUUUGAAGUUUAAUUUUGAGCUGAAUCUUCCCAAAUUUGUCUCUUUUGGUUGAACACAGUUUGUGUGUAAAUACUCAGGGCAUAAAUCUUACCUCCUUGACAACAAAUAAAUGUAAAUAACAUUGUGUGUUAUUCGCAGAGUUUACUCGAGAGGUGACAGACACUCAGAUGCCGCUGGUGGCUCCUGUCAUCCUGCCUGAAAUGUACAAAAUCUUCACCAUGGCUGAGGUGAUGUUACAGCUCAUGUUUCCUUCUUUGCUUUUUAUUUCCCUUAUUCCAAGACAGACGACUUCCUCAUAUGAAAAUGUACCUUCUUAUUUAAACAAAGAGAUGUCGUACUUCCCUGAAGUUAUCAUGAAAAACAAAGAAAGUUAAAACCUGAAUAUCCCGUGUCAUAGGAGGACAAAGCGAAAUGAAACCUGAUUUUCUGUGCUGUGUUUGUCCAGAGUGAAACUAAUGCUGCAUUUAACGUUCCUUGUUGCAGGUGUACAGUAUUCGUACCCGAUCCAGAGCGGUGGAGAUCUUCACCACCUGUGCCAACCUCAUCUGUGCUAUUGAAGAGCUUGAGAAGGUAAGAGAUUGUCAUCACGUUUCUUUCAUUGAUUGUUUGUAUUUCAUGAAAAAUUUUGUUUCUAAUUGGUUCUAAAAUUCAGUUUCUAAUGGCACUUCUUUUUUUGUUUAGGGUGCAGCCAAAGCGUUGAUCUUCCCCGUGGUGCAGCAGUUCACAGAGGCGUUUGUACAGGCUCUGCAGAUGCCUGAUGGGCCCUCGUCUGAUAGCGGGCUCAAGAUGGAGGUUCUAAAGGUGAGAGGAGACUCUGCAGGGAUAAAAAUAGCGGCACCCCGACACCCUAUAAUGUCACAAAUUCUGAACUGUACUGUACAUAUUAAGCUGUGGAGUAAAGAGCGAGGCAAAGCGAAUUUUAGAAAUCAGAAAACACAUUUUCAAUCCCGAAAGUUUUUAUGAUAUUUGUCCUUUUUAGAAACUGAAGUUUCAGUUUUUCUCCCGAUCAGUGCAAUGACAUCUUUCCACCUUGAUGCUCUCUCAGGCAGUCACAGCGUUGGUGAAGAACUUCCCCAAACCCAUGGUGUCCUCCAUGCAGCAGAUUUUACCCAUCGUUUGGAAUACACUGACCGAAAGUGCAGCUUUAUAUCCUUUUUGACUGAAUGUUUCUGCAGGACAAGGUUGUUGGAAAUUCUACCUGCUUCUUCCCUGCAGGCUGAAUUGUCUACAGUGAUAGUAAAAAGCAUUAAAGGGAUAUUCUGGCAUAAAUUUAAGUCAUGGUCAAACACACACAACACACACGACUUUAGUAACGACCACAUGAUAGCAAUACACAGCGGUCUACAUCUCCAAGUGCAAACCUCAACCAAAAAGCCCCUCUAUAGCCUCAAAUAAGGCUCAUAACAGCAUCUGUUUUCUUUUGAGUGAACUUAUUCUGCUAAAAUCCAAAGUUGGAUCUGUGUCCAUGUCAGCAGUUAACAUGAAUGAAUAAGUGUGAAUAAUAUUUCUUUCAAGCUCGAUCUCAUGAAUCAAGUGACAACUCUGACCAAGCGUUAAAAUCUUACUUUGAAGUGUCAAGCACGCCGUGACCAUUUGAGCAAGUUUUGCAGGGCAUCAUGACUGCGUGGUAAUCACGAAUCAGCGUGGUUGUUGUAACACAGAGGAGACUUUAUACUGUGAGUCAGAUGCUCACUCAGCGAGAUCAAAACAUUUUUAUGUGACUAAAAAAAGGACAGUGUUUAGACGAUAUUUUGAAUUCCAGUCCUGAGAUUGGUUCUUCUAAGUGGACCAAUCAAUAACUGUGAUAAGAGAACGUAGUAAUACAAGAUAUUGAAGCUGAAGUAUCAGGAUUCCUUAACUUGAUGUUCACUUAUGUGCGAACAGAAGUCAACUACACAGAAGAAGUGGACGACCCUGUAGACUCCGACGGUGAGCAGAAAAAUCCUUCCUCCUUCUAUAUCCAGGUUUUUAGAGAAGAUCUUUUCCUGAUCUCCUGGAGUUCUGCGCGGUUUUCACAGGGGAGGUUUUGGGCUUCGAGAACCUGGUGUUCAGCAUCUUCGAGUUUGUCCACACGCUGCUGGAGAACAACAAGUUCAAGAGCACGGUGAAGAAAGCUCUGCCUGAGCUCAUCUACUACAUCAUCCUGUACAUGCAGAUCACCGAGGACCAGGUGAGGGGGAACUGUGACGCCUUAGUGGCUGCAGAGAUAUGAAAAUACAAGCCGAGGGAAAAAACUGACACAACAAUAUAAUUUGUAUUGGACUUUUUUUAUGCAUGCAUGGUCCAUAAUUUUCCCUAACAACUCGUAGCUUUAGGUUUCCAUAUGACUGAUGGAAAGACACUUUACAACAUCAUCUUUUCAACAAGUAUCUCCAUUGGGUGUUGGAAGUGUCAACAAAGCAUGUCAGCAAACAGACUUUCCACUGUGACAGACUCAUUACAGUCCAGGGUAAUGUUACACUAAUGUCCUGUUAAUGUUAGCUAAAAUAACUCAUUCCCAGCUGUGGUCCAUGUGUUGCAAAUAACUUGUAUUUGCAAGACGCUCUUUAAUCCAAAAAUUAUUGCUAUAAAUAAAGAACUUUGUGAUGAGAGUAUUCAAAGUUCUCAUAUUAAGAUAUCAGUAUUGUCACCUUGUUAAAAUAAUGGCCUGUCAGUUUUUGAUGGAAAUUAGUUUUUUGCUUAAAUCAUCUCUUGAUAAUUCUGACCAUCUCUAGUAAAAUUGCUUAAGAAACUCAAUUUUCUUCAAAAAAUGACUUUGGCCAUUAUUCAAAUAGGGUGACGAAUAUUUGUAGUCUAUUGUGCGGCCUAAAACAGGCUGUAAACGGGUUUAAAUUCUGAGUUCUUAAAGGUGAUGUUCAGAUUUCACUGUUUUGCUUUUUGUUUCUCCAGAUCAAAGUCUGGACGGCGAACCCUCAGCAGUUCGUCGAGGACGAGGAUGACGACACCUUCUCGUAUUCUGUCAGGAUCUCGGCACAGGACCUUCUGCUGGUGAGAGAAAAACACGAUUUAUUACAUCUUUAUAAAAGCAGCUUCUGAGAGAACAUGAAGGCACAGGUCAUCCUUGUUGUUUUAAUCUUUGAAACAGCCUCAAACUAGGGCUGGGCGAUAUGGCCUCAAAUCAACACCACGAUAUAUUGAGCAGUUUCACCUCAAUAACGACAGUAACUACUCCACAAGCUGCUCACCCCCUCCCACAUUAACUUCGUCUACUUCAGCCGCUACAACUUUUGAACCGUCCUCCAUCUCCUCACCUGUCUUUCCCUCUUUGUUACGGACUGGAUGGGGUGGAGUCACGUCUCUGACAUAGGACAGCGUCUUAAAGGGACAUGAGACCAUAGCCUACCUACACACAUCCAAAACCAACUUUAGUUUAUUUUAUUUUUUUUUACACUGAAUAUAUUGACACUGGCAAAAUGAAAUUGUUUAUUGUCAUAAAUUUUGGUAUCAGUAAAUUUUAAUUUCAUCGCCCAGCCCUACAGGGAACGGUUAAUUAUCUAGGAGCAGUUUUCUAUGCAGUGCUGAACAAAGAUGCUGAGUAAAGCAGUAAAAUCAGGGUCAGAUUCUUCCGCUGUUUGUUUACAUCACAACAGUUUUACAGUAUAUUGGGUCUUUGCUCUUCAUCGGUUCACUCUGCAGCCUCUAAUCCUCCCUAGAAGGGUGAAUAAUGAUGCUAACCUUUGACCUCUGCUUGCAGGCUGUAGCUGCAGAGUUUCAGAAUGAGAGUGCAGCAGCUCUGGCGGCGGCGGCGACCAGACACCUCCAGGAGGCCGAGCAGGCCAAAAACAGCGGCAACGAGCACUGGUGAGCUCAUCGAAUCUGAGCCACGUUCCCCUCAUGAUCCAGAACUAAGACUCUCCAAAAAUGUGCAUGACAGAGAAGGAUUCAGUUUCAAUCAUACAACUGCUGCUCUGCUUUUAUUGGGUUUCAUUUUUGUUUUGAAAAGGUGGAAGAUCCACGAAGCCUGCAUGUUGGCCCUCGGCUCGGUCAAAACCAUCAUCACAGAGAACGUGAAGAACGGACGAAUCCAGUUUGACAUGCACGGUUUCCUGGCCAGCGUGAUCCUCGCUGAUCUCAACCUGGCAGGUGAGUUUGAGACUAACUCUUAUGGGAAGUACACACCAGGUGCAAGUAAUUUUACUUGCGCUUGGUGUGAACGCUCCUUCAAACUUCGUCAACAAUACAUAAUCCACUCUCUGGGAAACAAAGUCAAAGACAGAAGAUUUUAAGGACAUAAACAUAUCAGACACUAACACACCUGCUGUGUACACUCCUCUGUAAAAGCCUCUCAAAGAGCAUUAAAAUUAUUAGAAAUAAACAUGAAAAAAUAUUGAUCAAACUUAAAUUAUGUUGUUAAAAUGACCCUUGUUAGAAUUCUUUUGUGAAGUAAAGCGCCUCCCUGUUGUCUCCCUCUCCCGCUUGUUUUCUCAUCCAUUGUUCUUCGUCUCUUUUGUUUUGUUUCCUCUUGACCAGCGGCGUCUCCGUUCCUGCUCGGCCGAGCUCUGUGGGCGGCCAGCCGCUUCACAGCAGCCAUGUCUCCCGAGCUCAUCCAGCAGUUCCUCCAGGCCACAGUCAGCGGCCUCCAUGACAGCCAGCCGCCCUCCGUCCGCAUCUCUGCAGUCAGGGCGAUCUGGGGGUGAGAGAGAGAGUCGGGUUUUGGCAACGGAUUUGUAACCGUGCUGCCAACCAGACACAGAGGUGUUAUGUAAUUUUGUUUUUAAACACAGCGACCAAAAAACAAACUCGACAGAAAGUUUGAAGGACCUGGAUCUGCAUUUAGUUUGAGCAUCUCAAACAUACACUUUAGUGAAAUCAGGAUGUGCUUCCACCUCUGUCUCUUAAAAAUCAAGCAUCUUGAAACACAUUUAAAGAAAAGUGAUGCCCUGUCUCCUUAAAGUUCCAACCUUCGAGGGAUUGUCUUUAUUUGGAUAAUUGUCAAAGCAGUCUGUCUCUUUUGAGACAUUUUCCCUAAAGCUUGCAGACGAUCAAACCUCUUGAUGUUCUGGUUUCCUCUACUUUGUUGUGACUCUUACUGUCUGUUCAAUCCUCCAGUUACUGUGAUCAGCUGAAGCUGUCAGAGAGCACCCACGUCCUCCAGCCUUUCCUCCCCAGCAUCUUAGAGGGACUGGUCCAACUGGCGGCUCAGUUCAGUUCCGAGGUGCUCACCCUCGUCAUGGAAACCCUGUGCAUCGUCUGCACAGUCGACCCCGCCUUCACCACCAGCGCUGAGAACAAGAUCUGCCCCCUCACCAUCGCCAUUUUCCUCAAAUACAACAACGGUAUGUGUUUUUUUUACACUUAACCUAUCUGUCCUUUUUAAAUGUCUGAAACAUCAACAGAGGUUUGUCAAGAUGAGUCUGAUCUGUCUCCUGUCCUCCUGUCCACCAGACCCCGUGGUGGCGUCCCUGGCUCAGGACAUCUUCAAGGAACUGGCUCAGAUUGAAGGCUGCCAAGUCCCGAUGCAGAUGCGUCUCAUCCCCACGCUGGUCAGCAUCAUGCAGGCUCCCUCCGACAAGAUUCCAUUUGGACUCUGCGCUGUAAGUAAAAAGGCACAAAAACGUAAAAAGUAGGGAUGUGCAAUGAUUUUCGAAUAUUUAAAUAGUCAUUAAAUCCUGAAAAGUCGAAUAAUUCAUGAUAUCUGGGGGGAAAAAAAGUUGUCUUACUAGGCGCCUUCCGCUAGAUCUCUGCGUGUCUCUUUCUGUCUUUCCCGCUGGUGGGGUCGAAUAUUUGAUUAAUAAUCGGUUAUUACCCUGCGCACAUAGAAAUCCUGAUCAUCGAAUUUGUCUGAAUACGUCAUUUUUCUUCCCUCAGACGUCCAUAGACAUCCUGACCACGGUCGUCCGAAACACUAAACCUCCUCUGUCAGAGAUGCUGGUGUGUCAGGCGUUUCCUGUGGUGGCACAGUGCACCCUACGCACUGACGACAACGCAAUCAUGCAGGUGAGUUCGACAGUUUUCAACAUUUUCUCAAGAUAUUUCCAGAUUUUGUCCUUUCCUCAUUCAUCUUUUCCAUUUUUCCCUCUUCCAUCCCCAGAAUGGCGGCGAGUGCUUGCGGGCGUACGUCUCAGUCGCCCUCGAGCAGAUCGCCCAGUGGAGAGACGAGCAGGGAAACAGCGGGCUCUGGUACGUCAUGCAGGUGGUCAACCAGCUCCUGGACCCCCGGACCUCUGAGUUCACAGCCGCCUUUGUAGGAAGGUUGGUGUCCACUCUGAUCUCUCGAGCAGGAACGGAGCUCGGGGAACAGCUGGACCAGAUCCUCCGAGCCAUCCUGAGUAAGAUGCAGCAGGCAGAGACCCUGAGUGUGAUGCAGGUGAGGGGGGUGCAGAAGUUCACUGAGAGGCUGAAUCGUUUCACCAGCUGUUUGCAUCCUGAGCUCCUGAUAAUUUCUCCGUCCUUGUCCUCCUCCUGUAGUCUCUGAUCAUGGUGUUCGCUCACCUGGUUCACUCUCAGCUGGAGCCCCUCUUGGAGUUCUUGUGCAGUCUGCCCGGACCGACAGGGAAACCUGCUCUGGAGUUCGUCAUGACGGAGUGGAUGAGCAGGCAGCACCUUUUCUACGGACAGUACGAGGGUAAAGUCAGGUCAGUCAAUGUUUUUAAACUUUGAAUCUACAAAUGAACAACUUGAAAACAUUUUACAUUUUUAGGUCAAUUAAAAAAAACUUGUCUUGAACUUUACAACCGAGUUAUGUCUGCAGGCAACCUCUUCAGUGUGGCUGCUAUUGAGUAAUGUUAAAGUCCCUAUUAAAUAUAAAUUAGGUUGUGACUGUCAGAAUAAUGCAAAAAUGUACACGGAAUAAAGGGUAUGUUACCAAAAACUUGUUUUAAUCAGUUGCAAAUAAAAAUGUACUUUUGUUUCAGUCCAGUAAACUCAGCCAUUAAACCACACACUCCCUGUCCUGUUUAAGUUCUUAGUGUCGGUUAUGUCUGGGUCUUCGCCUCCUCUCUAACUUUGCUGCUCUGACUGUAACACAAAAAAGUGAAAUGCCUCACUUUCUUCUCAAACUCAUUUAACUCUGUGUGGGUUUCCUCCUUCUCUUGACUUGCCGCUGCAGCACGGUGGCCCUCUGUAAGCUCCUGCAGCACGGGCUCAACACCGACGACAAACGUCUGCAGGACAUCAUGGUGAAGGGAGAGGAGAUCUACAACCCCGAUGAUGGCAUCCGCACACGGUCCAAAUCUGCAAAGAGUAAGACAUCAGCAGACCACAUUUUCAUUGAGCGGCACAGCGACAGUGAUCACAUGACUUUGAUCCCGAAAUAAGAGGAGAUGUAACCGAGCAACAACAGACAGUAACAACUUUGUUUCUUUCUGGUUCACAGAUCCAGAGCGAUGGACCAACAUUCCUUUGUUAGUGAAGAUCUUUAAGUUGAUCAUCAAUGAACUUUCAACUGUGGUGGAGGCGAACGCCAGCAGAGCAAACCCAGCCGACUGGAGCCAAGGUGGAGUAAAAAAUCAAAACAUAGAGUCGGCACCGCUACAUCUCAAUGAAAGUAGAGUUUUCAGGAUAGUUGGGUCUUGCAUAUUCAUGUAGAGGUAACGUUUUUACUAUUUUCAGAACAGUUUUGGAACAAAUAGUCAAGAAAACUUCAAUCCAAAUAUAUUUUUAACCCACUGAUCAAUCAAAGUCGACUAAAGUGCUGAAAAAUCAAAGAUAAAAGUGACACAGUGACUUUUUUUGGCUGUAAAUUUGUUUCUUAAAAAAAAACUUUGGCUCAUCCAUCCUGUAUUUUUAUGUUCAGUUUCUGACAAAGAAACAGGACAGCAGACAGUUCAGUGACCAGCUGUUGUUUUUCUCAGAUUCGAGCGGUAUGUGGGAGGACAAUGCAGAGGAAGAGGGGGAGGACGAGGAGGAGGACGACGAAGGAAUCGCGGGGCAGCUGCUUUCUGAUCUCAUCGCCUCCAACAAAUACGGUACGAUUUUCUCCCCAGUAUCCGAGCUACUUCAGUUUGUCUUCAACUCAUUACUUUUCACUAUCACUGUAGAUGUGGGUCGUCUCCAUGUUGGUGUGUUCUUCUGUUUUAGAUGACGAUUAUUACGAAGACGAUGAGGAGGACGAUCCAGACGCCUUGAAAGACCCCAUUUAUCAGAUUGAUCUACAGGUACACUGACUCUGAACUUUACAUACAUUUGAAAUACGACACCAAUCCUUAAACAGUUGGGAUGCCAUUUAAGAUCAAAUUAAACAGAUUUUGAUGGUUUGCAGACAUUUAAACUUAUUUUCUAUUAACUCAGUGCAAAGAAACUGAACAUUUUAUUUAAUGACAAAUGUUCACGCUCAUUUUAAUGUCGAUGCUGGCACAGGGACAACUAAAACUUCUUCCAAUUAAUUAGGUUAAUUUGCAACUAAUCGUCUAAUCGCGUCUUUGCAUUGACUUAACAUGUAAUGCAUUCGCGCGAAUGAUUUUAGACGCGCUUGGUGUGGAGACGGUUAGGAGGAGAGGCAAACAGCUCAAAAACCAGCAUUCUCGAUGGUACAAGGAUGCUUCAGGUUUGAGGUGUUUUAACAAACCCACACUUUAAAUUUACGAGUCUGGGCUGUGGUCAGUGAAUGCAACAUUUGCCUGAGUUUGUUAGCCACAGAAUAUGACUGUUUCAGCUGCAUGGAUGUAAAUAGGGGACACAAGGAAUGUAAAACCAUCCCGGUGCCCCAGUUUACAAGAAAGCUUCAAACGUCCACGUGUUACUGUAGAAACUUGUCGGUCUCGAAGGCUCAAACUGCUCUAAAUACCUCCAAAUUACAGCCAUAUGUUCAAGGAAAGCUGCAGCCGUCAUCAUCAGUGUGAGAGAGUGUUUUCUGUCAAAUCAGAUCAGGAGACGCUCUCAUUAUAACGAGGCUUUAGGGUGGGAUGGUGCCAGCCUUGUUGGAUUAGUCUUUAAGGAAGAGGCACGCACGCGAUUCUUCACUCAGGACCACUGAUGAUUAACCGUUAACUCAGUGGUGCAGCUCUAAUUUCCGAGACCUCUCAGACUUCAACCUCUUCCAAACUGGAGCUUAAGAUGCUUAUAAUAAAGAUAAAUAAAUAACCAAGUAAUCCUUGAAGGAGAGUUGACCAGAGAAACCAGGGCGCAUAGGCUUCAAAGCCUUCAUUAUUGUAGUUACAUGAUUAAAAUGUUUAACAAGAAAGAGUCAGAUGAGUUUCAGCUGCAGCAUUUAGUCCUCUCAUCACUCAACAAAUGCGCAGGGUCACAUACAGUAUAUUAUUAUUUGAUUCGUAAAAAAAGAGCUUAAAUAGGAGGACAUGUAAGAAAAGCAUCUUAAUCUUAAGGGGUCCAUCAGCAUGAUAAUCAGCAUCAGCUUCUCAGUGGAUGUAGAUAGACUUCAUAGCUCUUAAUAUUAUAUUAUCUGAUAUCAAAGGUGCAGUGUGUGGCAUACGUUGGCAUCCAUCAGAACAAAGUCGGUGUGUGUUUAAUCAGCAUAUGACCAUCUGAAUAUAACAGUUGUUUGGUUACUGUUAAAGGGAUAUUCCGGCUUAAAAUUAAUUUAUGGUCAAACACACCGUAACACCGACCUAGACACCCCUUCGAGAGAUGAAUGUUGCCGACCGCUUGCUUCUCUAGUUAUACCAACUUUAGUAACGACCGCACGAUAGCAAUACACAGUGGUUUGAGGACACAUAAACAAACCAACCAAAACGCCACUCUAUAGCCACAAACAACGUUCAGAACAGCACCUAACUUCCUCACCUCUCAUUAACUAUAUCAACUCACCUACUCUCUUCCAGCAGCUGGUCUACCUCCAUUUUAAUCGCCCGUUAUUCCGCCAGAGUCUCCGGUAUUUACUUCGUUUUAUCACUUAUGUUUUCUGUACUUUCUGGUUGGUUUAUACUGUCCGAUAUUGAUGCACGCUAACUUUGUUCCGGCUCGUGAAUGUUAUUUGAGGAUGUGGAGUGUGUCUCACAACCAAUCGGAACUAAGGAGCAGUGCCGAUUGGUUGGGGGAGGUGGAGAAUGGCUUUGUUUACAGUCAGACAGAGCGGGCCGUUCAAAAAUUUAAAAUGUUGACGACACAGACAUAACAAAACACAGCGAUAUCGUUAUAUUACCAAUGUCAUCAAUAACUAAUAAUUAUUGACUGAUAUUAAAAGCUUUUUUGUAGAUACACCACAAAAACAAGAUGCUUCUUAAAGGGAACACACCUUUAAGUGCUGAAUAAUUUCUGAACGAAGUGCACACUUAAACUUGAGUCAGUCGCUCACAAUGAGAUAAACUAAGUGUCAGAGUCUGUUCCGUCUGUCCUAAACAGUAGCAUGCGUGGUGUCAGGUUUUCUACCAGCAGUUUCUCAGUAAAGAGGCGGAGCUGAGUGGAAUAUUCCUUUAAAUAAUGUCGUCUCAACUCUUCACGUUUUUUAGUAGAACUGCUGGUACUUUCUCUCAUCCACCUGACCCAUAUUUAGUUCAUCUCUUUUUAUGCAACAUCACAGUAAUUCCUUUGUUUGUUUGUUUCUCUUGUUUUUGCUCUGGAAAUCCAUAUUGUUUCUAUCUUUAGGAUUUCCCUCUGGAAUGUGAUCCUAUAUUUUCUCCAUUCACUUGUUUCUCCAGGCUUACCUGACAGACUUCCUGACCCAGUUCGCCCAGCAGCCGUGUUACAGCAUGUUCUCAGGCCAUCUGAACACCGCAGAGAGACAAACACUGCAGUCUAUAGGCCUCUAGCCCCGCCUUCUGCUGCUCCAACAGCUCUUCCUCCAUCUAUGACGCCCUAAAACUCUCCCAUUGCCACAUCACUCGUGCUCUCAUGAAGAAUUGACACCGUAAUAAAUAAAAAAGGAGGAAAGAAGUGAUGAAGAUGAUGACGGGUGUGGCAAAAGAAAAGGAACAGGGUUGAAAAAAGGUGGAGAAGCACUUACAAAUAACUUAUGUUUCUGUGAUGGGAAGGACUGUGCAGAUGUUCAAGUGAUGAAGAUGAAGAGGAGAGAGACUGACUAAAGUCAAAGGACUCAUCAUCGUAGACCGCCGGACUAGAGGGUCGAAUAAGAGGAACGGCUGAAUCAUGAAAAUAUGAAAUAUGAAUGGACUAUUUUGCCACGUCCUGUUUGUAACUUAGCCAGUUAUUUUUGUGUUUCUGUAUAAAAAAAACAAAAAAUGCAACAUGGAAAACACUUCCAAGAGACUUUACAUUCAACAAAAGAAGGUCAAGAAAAAGGUCUUAAAAAAAUCAAAAAAAACAUCCUGGUCUUUGAACAGGGAGGGAAAUAUACGGUGGCCUUAUACUCCAGGAAAACACUGACUGUUGCGGACAGGAAAUGAAAAGCUCUUUGACCAUUAUGUCUCGAGGUACGGUGGGUAUUUGGGAAUUCACACUGUUGCCAUGGUGAUACACAGCCUUGUCAUGUCCUUUUACCUGAUGAAUUUGGGAUGGAAAAAUUUCUAAAUAAAAGGUCCAUGAAGGACAUCAUUUCCAGAUUUGA